ACCAUCAGUGGUGCAUGGUGUGUGCGCGUUCGAUGGCGUAAGCAGCCGCAUUUUGAAGGUACGCGAGGCGCGCUUUGCGCUUCAUCGUCGGAAUAAGCCGCGCAGUAAGGUGGAAACCGCCUACAGUAGAUGCUGUUCAGAGCUGUCUUUGGAGUAUUCCUAACGUGUUGCUUUACUACGUUUGCCAUGGCUUGGAGGUCACACGGCAAAAACAACCUCGAUUUGGUGCGCAACUUGAAGCGCAAUGGAAUCAUCAGGAGCCAGAAGGUUGAAGACGUGAUGAGUAGCGUUGACAGAGGAAAUUACUGCCCCCACAACCCCUACAUGGAUUCACCGCAGGGAAUCGGAUACGCCGUCACAAUCAGCGCACCACACAUGCACGCCCAAGCCCUAGAGUCUCUCAAGGAUCACCUGAAGGAAGGAGCAAGGGCCCUGGAUGUUGGCUCAGGGAGUGGCUACCUCACAGCUUGCAUGGGGCUCAUGGUUGGCGAGACUGGCUUGGCUGUGGGCAUUGACCACAUUCCGGAACUGGUCAAUGAGUCCAUUGCCAACAUUGAACGCGACCAACCAGAACUGCUUAAAUCCAAGCGGGUCAAGUUGCUCGUGGGAGACGGUCGCGAAGGAUAUCCCGAGCACGCUCCAUAUGAUGCAAUCCAUGUGGGAGCGGCAGCUCCGGACAUGCCAAAAAAGCUGGUGGAACAGCUCAAGCCUGGUGGACGUCUCAUCUGCCCCGUUGGACCAGCCGGUGCGAGCCAGACGCUGGAGCAGGUGGACAAGCUGGAGGAUGGCACCGUGCGGCGCACCUCCCUCAUGGGCGUCGUCUACGUGCCGCUGACGGACAAGGAGUCCCAGUGGCCUGGAAGGUGGUCUCACGCAAUCGACCGAGUGCUCAUCGCCUAUCAGCCAGAACAGCGAGGGCUUCGCGAACUCCUUCACAGCGCGAAGACAGCGACAGUACAACACGCGAGCCCAGUGGCCGCCGUGAUGAAUUAUAAGCGGAAGGCGGCAGCGCGGAAGUGUGGAGAGUCGUCGUCUAGCCACGCAGAGGCCGACGAGACCUAGUCCUUGUUUCUCUUCCUAAGCGACAACCCAAACAGGCAACAAGAACAAGCGGGGAUGAGUUUUCACCCCAAGUCGCUGAAAACGGACGCCUCUCACAGUUGAUUACUUUUCUUUCUUUUUUUGUCCCGCACGUGUGCCAAUUGUUGCAGCCUUAUUUAUGGACUCUACAAUUCCUCACCGGCUUGAUGUUGCAACGCUGGACUUGAAUGGCAAUUCCCCAUGAACUGUUGGUUCAGGUGUGCUGAGAGACUGGGAGAUUUGUGUGGUUGUAGAAGGUGUGCUGGAGACAUGAAGAGGGCCAACGCCAUCAGUUUUGUUCCCACGUUUCCUACAAUAGUGUAGCAUUUGAAACAAGCUUUGGCAAUGUUCUUCAGCAGCAGCUGAGUGUGCCCCACUUCUUUUUGUCAUGUCUUUUUUACUUUCUUUGUGCAAUGAGUGCUAGCCAGGCCCACCUUGUGGCAACACGACAUGCAGCAUUUCAAUAAACCUCAUUUUGAGGGCUUCUUACAGCUGUCCUUUGA